AUGCCUACAAGAGAUCAAGUGCACAACUUUGCCGCUGGGCCUUCACCCCUCCCUACAAAAUGCUUGGAGGAAGCUGCGUUGGGACUUUUGAAUUAUGAAGAUACAGGCAUGGGUAUAUGUGAAUUGUCGCAUAGAGGGAAGGAGUUUAAGGCUGUUAUAGAAGGUGCGGAGGCCGAUCUUCGAUCCCUCCUUCAAGUCCCAGACAACUACACCAUCCUUUUCUCCCAAGGUGGUGGUACCGGGCAGUUCUCAGCCGUGGUGUUAAACCUCUUAGCUGCCCAUCGACUCGCCCACCCCGUCCCUGCAGAAGAGUUCAAACCCCCUGUAUUAGACUACGUUCUAACCGGUUCAUGGUCUUCCAAGGCUUAUGCCGAAGCUCAGAGAUUAUGUGCACCGCCAUUCCCCAAUUGCCCCGCUUUCGGUCAACCUCGAAUCGCGGCCAGUACCAAAUCAACUUCUUGGACUCGUCUACCAUCAAGGGACGAAUACAACUUCAGUAAAGAUGCUGCCUAUGUCUAUUAUUGUGAGAAUGAAACUAUCAAUGGUAUUGAAUUUCCCCCAAAGGCAGAAGACAAAGAAGCAUUUCCAUUUGACCUGGUAUCGGAGGGUGUGGAGAUCGUAGCGGAUUAUUCAUCCAGUUUCAUCUCCAGACCUAUACCGAACUUUUCACGACACGCAAUUAUCUAUGCUGGUGCGCAAAAGAACCUAGGUCCAUCGGGAGUGACAGUCUUGAUUGUCCGAAAUGACUUGUUGGUAGAUACGACGGAAGCUUCAAAAUUAGGUUGUAUACCUGCUGUACCAAUUACAUACGAAUACAAGAUCUUAGCGAAUAACAAAUCUUUAUACAAUACUCCUCCUACCUUCCCUAUUUACGUUAGUGCAUUGGUAUUGAAACAUCUAAUCAAGAAUAAAGGUGGAUUAGAAGGAUUGGAACAAACGAAUAGAGAAAAAGCCCAGACUUUGUAUGAAACACUAGAAAAUGCCGAGAAGAAAGGGAAAGCGAAACUCGUGGUGAGAGAUUCAAGUGCGAGAAGUUGGAUGAAUGUAACGUUCAAUAUUGAGGGUGAAGGUGAAGAGAAAAAAUUCUUGGAGGGAGCGGAGAAAAGAGGCUUUAGACAGUUGAAAGGUCAUAGAUCUGUUGGCGGUAUUCGAGCAUCAAUUUACAAUGCUGUUACGAUAGAGUCCGUCAAGCUGUUGUGUGAUUACAUCAACGAAUUUUGCAACUAG